GGAAGAAGAGUUGGUCCGUGAGAGCCGUUUCUACUUCCAGGGCUAUGGACUGGGCCAUUGCCUGCAGCACAUGAAAAGUGGGACGGCCAUGGAGAGCCCCAUCUACAGCCCGCCGGCGCCGGCCACCCUCCUGCGAGAAGGCGAGAUGCUCCGGAGGCGCUACGUGGAGCGGGCCAAGCGCAUCGACACCGUCUCCCGAGCCGUCUUCCCUUUCACUUUCUUGGUCUUCAACAUUUUCUACUGGGUGGUCUACAAAGUACUCCACCAAGCGGCCCCCUGAGCCGUGAGCGGGACCUGCCUUGCUGGCGGCUUCCUUGUGAGCUCCUGGCCCGGAGAACCAACGCACAAACAUCGACUCCUUUUCCCAAACGCCGCGCUGAGAAAUUGGGCAAACUCUGCAUGACGCUCAGGUGCGCCAAAGGGAGGUGUGGGAAACGGGCCCCCGCUCAGCAGGAUAGGAUUUGGGGUGGCUGCAUUUCAUAAGGAGGACCCCGCCGUGGGGUUGUCCUUCAUUUGCUAGAUUUGGGUUGCUCCCCUGAGGUCCAGGAAGCCUUGGAAGGACGAAAGAGCAGACGGGUAAAGAGAGAAGCUGUGGGUCACCCGGUCCGUCCCCCUGCCCAGCGCAGGCCUCUGCUCAGCUUUCCCUUAGAGGUGGUUCAGCCCCUCCCUACUUGAAAACCUCCCGCAAGGGGAACAGCAUCUCUGCAAGAUGUUCACACUGCUCGGCGGCAAUUCCCGAGAGGAAAUCCCUCCUGAGAGGACAUCUCCACCGUGUCGAGGGAGAAGGCGGAAGCGGCUUUGGUGGUCUGCUUAAGCCAAUGGCGGUCGGCUGCUCCGAGAGCUUCUGGCAGGGCUUCGGCUCCAAGCCCCGAUUGCCCUGGGAGGCACCCUCCGAAGCCCCCGUGACUCUUUCCCGGUUUGCAAAGCAGCCUUGGGUCCAAUAGAACAAUGGCCUCCUGUGCUCUGGACACCGCUGUCCUUCAGGCAGCCCAAGAUUGCGUCGGCUUUUGAGCAGCUGCAACCCGGGCUUUGCCCUUGUUCGGACUGCGCUCCAUAUGUCGUCGUCGUCCUCCUCCUCCUCCUCCUCCUCCUCCUCCUCUUCUUCACAUGCCAAUCCAGCCCGACACCCAGAGUCAGGACAAUUUUCAGGAAAACAGGAUCUGCAAAGGCAGCACAGAUCUUUCAAUUUGCACCCGCCCAGCAUUCAGACCUGUCACACACCUGUUGAAUUGCACCGUGGCUGUCUAAGGUGUUAUUCAACCCCCUUACCUUGAUAUCCUUCCCUUCCAAGCCGUCCUCUGGGCCCCUUAAAAGAGACUGUAGAGAGUCUGGUCGAGGAUGGCGCCCCCAGGGCCUGUCAAUGGACAAUGCAAAGUCACUUUAGCUGACUGUUAUCUGCAGUUCAGCGGUUCAAAUCUCACCGGCUCAGGGUUGACUCAACCUUCCAUCCUU